AUGAGUAAUCAAUACAUUAACGAGCCAAUUACAACUGGAAAAGUAACUCUCGAAACAACUGCAGGUGACAUUGAAAUCGAAUUAUGGACGAAAGAAGCGCCACUUGCGUGCCGAAACUUCAUUCAGUUGUGUAUGGAAAACUAUUACAAAGGAACAUGUUUUCAUCGACUUGUGAAAAAUUUUAUCUUACAAGGUGGUGAUCCAACAAAUUCGGGUACAGGAGGAGAGAGUAUCUAUGGACAUCCGUUUAAGGAUGAAUUCCAUCAACGUCUCAAAUUCAAUCGUCGUGGGAUCGUCGGAAUGGCUAACGCCGGUCGAGAUGACAAUGGUUCUCAAUUCUUCUUCACAAUUGGAGAACGCGGAGCACCAGAACUCGACAAAAAGCACACAGUUUUUGGAAAAAUCACCGGACCAACUCUGUUCAAUAUGCUCAAAAUCACGGAAGUAGAGACAGAAGGAGAUAAGCCUGUAACUUUUUAUAAGAUUACUGGCGCCAGAAUUGACAAUAAUCCAUUCGAUGAUAUCAAACCGAGAGAAAAGAGAAAGAAGGAUAAGAGUGAACGGAGAAAGGAACCAAAGGUUGUGGAGACAAAGAAAACGAAUUUACUCUCUUUCGGAGAUGAAGCUGAUGAAGAUGAGGAAGCUCUGGCUGUUUUCAACAAGAAAACUGCUAACAAACCGAAAUCCGCUCACGACGCUCAUGACAAUGAUACUGUUGGAUUGUCGAAACAAGCUGCUGUGACUCGAGAUGAAAUGAGUAAUUAUUGUCCGGAAGAUGAAGAUGCUGUUCGAGAUGCUUCUUCAAUUUCGUCGAUUCGAGAAAAGUUGAUGAAGAAAAGUCAAAAAAGAAAGAUGGAUGAGAGAGUUGCUGCUGAAGACGAGGAUUACGAGCAAAUGAUUGAAGAUGAGAAGAAAGCGAAAGAACGAGAAGAAAUUGAGAAGAUGAAUUCGGAGCUCAAAGACAUGCAAAAAGAGUAUAUGAAGGCGUUGAGACCUGUGAAAGAGAAAAAGAAGAAGGUGAAGGACGAGACACUCUCCGAAGCGAUGCAAGAAUAUCAUGACCUGAAAAUGCGCUUCAAAACGAAGACAAAGGACGUGGUGAAACAAAAAGAUGCUCAAAGAGAAGGUCAAACGAUGCAAAUGUUGGAAAGAUUCAAGAAUCGAUUAGGGUCAUCGAAUCAAGAAGCGAUUCUGUUCGAUCGGAAGAUUAAGUUGAAAGAAGAGGAACCGGUGAAGAAUGAAGGCGAAGAAGAGAAGAAAUUCGGAACGAUGGAUUUGGAUGCUGAAGAUUUGCAAGGAACCUCCUGGAUGUCUCAUCGUUUCAAAGCUGAAGACGUUGUACUUUCUUCGAAAGCAAAAGAUGCGAAUAUGCGAGAGGAAAGUGAGGAUUGGUAUCACAUCACGGAUCCAAGAAACAAAAUGGCCAAGAGGCGGCGUGGAGAAGAAUAA